AACACCUAUAACUUCAGUCAGUAGUGUCAUUCAAUUACAAAAACCAUUAGCAAAAGCUACCGGUAAUCAAGGCAGCACGAAACGAAAACGGAAACAAUGGUCUAUUAAAGAAAAAUUAUCGACUUUGAAUAGCUUUGAAAAUAAAAUCUUGGUAAUAAACAGCUUACUGCUCAUCAACAUGGUUGUUCACGAUAUCAAUUGUCACAAUGGAUUAAAGGAAAAAUGGAACUUGAAACACUGUCCAAGCUCAAGCAUGACAAGAAUAACUGAUAUUUUUUGAUCAGCUAAUCUUUCAAUCUAGGUGAAAUUUAUAUUAUCUUAUUCAGAACAAGGGAAAAAAUACAGAUACUUGCUGAAUAUUUUACUGUCUAUUUUAAAAAGUAAUUAUACAUUUUAGGUAAAAAACGCAAACAUUUCAGUGGUGGUGGUGUAAAAAUUAAGUUCGUUGACCUUGAUCGUCGAUUGUUAUUAUGAUUUCCAGAGAAACAAACAUUUAUUGAUCCAAAAGCUGUUGCUACAACUGGUACAACAACAACAGCAACAAUAAGACGUGAGAAGGUAACAUUUCGUCAAUUAUAA